AUGGGCGACAGCUUCACCAACGAGGCCUUUACGCUCCUUUCCCUCGCCAUCGUGGUCAUUAUCCUUCGCAUCGUCGCUCGCAUCAUGACCGUGGGACUCCACAAUUUCCAACUCGAUGACUACCUGAUGCCUCUGGCCGGGGUGGUCUACGGGCUCGAAACGGGUGCGGCCUACUGCGUCGGGGCCUGGUGGAAAGGACUGGCCAACAACCACAUGACGGAUGACCAGCGCGCCGCCCUCUCGCCCGACUCGGAGGAAUUCCGACUGCGAGUGGGCGGAUCCAAGACGCAGGUGCUGGGGUGGUCGUUGUACACGACCCUGCUGUGGUUGUUGAAGGCGUGCAUGGCCAUCUUCUACUCCCGCUUAACGUAUGUCUCGCCUCGUUUGGAGGUCGUCACUGACACCGACACUGACGCCGAUACCGACGCUGACGCUGACGGGCAGGGCCGGUCUGAUCAACAUGCAUAUCCGCGUGCGUGUGGCCUACGGGGCCAUCGGGGUGACCUAUCUGAUUGUGAUUCUGUCGAUCCUGUUUGGCUGCCAUCCGAUGCACAAGAACUGGCAGAUCUAUCCAAAUCCUGGCCUACGCUGCCAACCCGCCAUCGCGCCGCUCGAUGUCUACAUGACCGUCACGCUGAAUGUCGCGACGGAUAUCUAUCUCAUUACCAUUCCCACACCGCGCGACUUCCCUGGCGCGAGAAACUCGAACUCUUCAUCCUCUUCUCUGGUGGAAUCUUCGUCAUGGCUGCCGGGAUCCUCCGCUGCGUUUUGAUCGUCACAGCCGGCGCAAACGGUGCGUCCCAAGCCGGCAGCUGGGCCUGUCGCGAGACGUUCGUCGCCGUGGUCAUCGGCAACGCCCCAAUGAUCUACCCCUUGUUCCGCAGGGCUGCGCGCCGCGCCGGCUGGUACAUCAGUUCCCGCGGCCACUCCCAGAGCUACCCGGCAUACCCGCUGUCCGAGGGCGAGCGCGGCGAGAACUCGACGCACCACAGCAAGAAGCGCCGCUUCCGGCACCCGCUCAGCAUCCCCGACACGCAUUGGCAUACCAUCAACGACGAGGCGAUGAUCCUGCCGACGUCGCGGCAGCAGCCGCCGACCUGUACGGCCAGCCCGCCCCGGGACUGGGACGCGUUGAGCCAGCCCAGCGCGGAUGGGAUCAAGGUGGUGCAUGAGAUGAUUAUUGAACGGAAUGAACGGUGA